CUAGGCUAAGCUGCUGCCUGCGCGUGUGUCGGAGCCCCGGCGAGAUGAGCGGAACCGGGUCGGCCGGCAUGGCCCGGGGGCUGCGCGUGGACGGGCUGCCACCGCUACCCAAAAGCCUGAGCGGGCUGCUGCACUCGGCGGCGGGCGGCGCGGCGGGCGGCUGGCGGCACCUGGAGCGGCUGUACACGCAGAAGUCGCGCAUCCAGGACGAGCUGAACCGAGGGGGCGCAGGAGGCGGCGGGGCACGAGCGGCAGGGAUGCGGACCAAGCCCCCCAACCUGGAUGCCGCGCUGGCGCUGUUGCGCAAGGAGAUGGUCGGCCUCCGACAGCUGGACAUGUCCUUGUUGUGCCAACUGUACAGCCUCUACGAGUCCAUUCAGGAGUACAAGGGAGCGUGCCAGGCAGCCUCCAGCCUGGACUGCACCUACGCGCUGGACAAUGGCUUCUCUGAUGAUGAGGAGGGCUUCCAGGAGCAGGGCUCUCCCCAAGACGGGCAGCGGCGAGGCUCUCCCAGGGACCCGGCGUUGCCCCUCACCCAUCUCUCCAGCAGUGACUGGAUUCUGGAGUCCAUCUAGCGCCUCUGGAGGGGUCUGUCAAUGCGGGCUGGCAGCAUCUGGUUCUCUUCCUGCAAGAAAGUGCUUCAGCCUCUUCAUGGUCCAAGGGCAAAUGGGGACUGUGGCACUUGUUUAACUUGUGGGUGUGGAGUUCACUGACGUGUGAGAUGGCCUGCUUAGUUGGCUACAGAGUCUUACGGGUGACCUAGAGGCGUGUCAGAAUAGCCUUGACACCAUGAAGAAGGGUUCCGUGUGGAAGGCCUUCGCGGGUCUCAGGGUGAGGCUGCUCUUGGCGGGCUUCUCUGUAGGUGGCAGGUGUGGUGCCCUCUAGGCUGAAGAAUGACACUCUGGCGUGUGGAAUAUGAAGAGCGGCAUUUGCCGCCCGACCUGCAGGGCGGUCUGUGUCUCUCCUUGCCGUCACUUAGCUGUUAGCCCCUUCGCUCAUUUAUCUGAAAGCUGCGUCGCUGAUUUUCCGGGGGACUCCUGAGAGCUUUCUAGAAGGAGGAAAUAUUCUGCCUCACUGGUCAAUUGUUUUUCUGCAACUACCAAAACUGACAUCAGGUAUAGGCAGAGAGAUAAAACAUGAAUAUACAUUGAAUGGGGGGCGGGGCGGGGGGACAAAUCCUGGGACAAACUGGUAUUUGUAUCGCUUGCCCUGAGAUGGUGGCUUGUGGUUACAGACUCUGAUUGUAAACUUCAGUGCUUGAAAACAAUGUUUCCAAGCAGUACUUACCUGAAGCCUUAAUAUAUUUAUUAAAACACUUUAUGAGAACCUCA